AUGACAGCAACCAACGAAUCAAAGUUAAAUUGGUCUUUAUUUGCUGGAGCAGAAUCGAUCGGUCCUACCACUUCAUCAGAAGAAGAAACUUCAUCUUUAUCAGAUUCGUCAUCAACCAAUGAAUCUAAACCAAUUAACUCGAGGAAAGGUGAUCCUUGGAAACCUAAGAUGGUCGGAUUACCUCAAGAUCCGAAUGAUUGGCUUUGGUUGAUGUCUGAAGAACCUCAUCGAUCUAGACGUAGAGCUAUCCUUAAAGAUCAUCCAGAAGUUACCAAAUUAAUGGGUUAUACUACUACCACAAGAUGGAUCGUACUCUUAGUUGUUAGCCUACAACUUUCAAUCUCAAUCUACUUUGCACAUCUCUCAAACAACGGUCAACAAUCUGCCUGGAACUGGCGUUUUUUCUUAACAGCUUAUGCAAUUGGAGGAACAGCCAACCAGAAUUUGUUUUUAGCUAUUCAUGAAAUCACUCAUAACUUGGCUUUCAAAUCGAUUCUUAAUAAUAAAUUAUUGGCUUUGUUUGCUAAUAUACCUAUUACGAUUCCUUACUCGAUGAUCUUUAAAAAAUAUCAUAUUGAACAUCAUCGUUAUUUGGGUGAAGAUGGGGUCGAUACUGAUUUACCUACUAAAUUCGAAUUAUUAUGUUUAAACAAUGUGUUUGGAAAAGCUUUUUUCGCUACUUUUCAAAUUUUGUUUUAUGCUCUUAGACCUGGUUUUGUUAAAUCUCAAAAACCAACUCGAUGGGUUUUUGCAAACUUUGCACUUCAAUUAAGUUUUGAUUACUUUCUUUAUCGUACAUUCGGCUUAACUGCUGUUAUGUAUCUAUUGUUAUCAUCAUUCUUUGCCGGUUCAUUACACCCUUGUGCUGCUCAUUUCAUUGCAGAACAUUAUCUUUGGAGUGUAGGAGGAGAACAAGAAACAUGGAGUUACUACGGUCCUUUGAACAUGUUAACCUACAACGUAGGGUACCACAACGAACAUCAUGAUUUCCCUUCGAUUCCAUGGACAAGAUUACCUAAACUAAAAGCAAUCGCUCAUGAUUAUUAUGAUCCAUUACCUUCUCAUUCUUCAUGGCCAUUAGUGACGUUUAAUUUUAUUUUUAAAACAGAUGUUGGUUUGUUUUCUAGAGUUAAACGUGAAGCAGGUGCUCAACAUUUAAAAUUGGUACCUGAAAAUGAUGAUCCAAAGAAAAUUAAAGAAUUAUAA